UUGCCGCUUUGCAGAAAAGUAAAAAUGUCAGUUUGAAAUAUGUAUGUGUGAUGGCCGCGUUUAUUUUCGUGUUUUGUAUUGUUUACUUGGCAUUUUUUAUUACUGUGCAUCGAUAAAUCUACGUCACCAUAUUAACUCUGCAAUUUUAACAACGGAACACCGCCACUCACUCGAUUCUUAUAAGAAAUGUGACAAAUAUGUGGCCUAACUAACGGACGCGUUGUCUCCUACAUUCUUUCGCCAUAAAUGUGAAACAACAAUCGUUUUGUGUGUGAUGUUAGUGAAAACCGUGCGAGGUCAAAAUGCCUUUCAAGUUGAAGUUGAAGAAGACGCGGCAGUACAACGUCGCGUCGAAGAAUCUGUUCGUUAUAAGCGUUGAGUUGCUGGACGGUAGUGUGGCUGAUUGUACGCUGUCGGUGGACAGCAGUGGGCAGGAAUGCCUCGACAAUGUGUGCCAGCGGCAGGCGAUCAACCAGCCGGAGUUCUUCGGGCUGCGGUACGUGAGCACGACGCAGCAGCCGCGCUGGGUGCAGCUCGAGCGGCCGCUGAAGCGACAACUCGAGAAAUACGCGUCCUCCCAUCAGUUAUACCUCCGGGUUAUGUACUACGUGGUCUCCGGCACCAGCCUCAUCACGGACGAGGUCACGCGCUACCACUACUUCCUGCAACUCAAGAAUGACCUGGUCGAAGGCAGAAUCAUCUGCGACUGCCAGCAAGCAGUUGUGCUAGCCUCAUACAGCCGACAGGCCGAAUACGGAAACCACGAUCGGGAACGACACACGGUGGAGUACUUGAAGAAUCUCCUCACGUUUCCCAAGCAGAUGAUAGAUGGAGGGCAAGUCAUUGAGAGCAGUACACUGGCGGAGUCGGGAAAACUGGAGUGGCUUACGGCAGCGGUGAUCCAACAUCACAUGACGUUGCACAACAUGUCACAGGCGCAAGCGGAGGAGGGCUUCAUCAGCGUGUGCCAGCAGCUGCGCGGCUACGGGCAGGAGAUGUUCGCGGCGCGCGACGAGCUGAGACAGACUGACGUGACUAUCGCCAUCUCGCUCAACGGCAUCAUGGUGCUGGCGGAGACGAGCGAUACGCCGCAUUUCUAUCGGUGGACGGACAUAACCAACGUGAUAAACCACAAGCGCACGUUCAGCAUCGAGUGCGUGCGCGGCGCCGAGUCGGUCGCCUUCGCGCUGCGCUCGCCCGAGCUGGGCAAGUACGUGUGGCGGCUGUGCGUGCUGCAGCACACGUUUCACAUGCGGCGGCGCAGCGCGGACACGCAGGAUCCACCCCAGCCGGAAGCAGCUCCGGUGGAGGCGCCCCCCGCGCCGCAGCCGCUGAGCGCCGCGCACCGCGCGCACUCCACCUCCUGUCUCGAGCUGCAGCCGCAGCCACGGACCAGAGCCCUCCUGCCAUCGUACCGACCGGCGCCGGACUACGAGACAGCGAUCCAACAGAAGUACCAACAACAGAGAGCGGAGGCACAGAUACGCUUCCAGAACCACCACACACACAACCAGAUGGUCACCGCCACCGCCAAGCCACUCGUCUACGGCUCCCACCCAGAUAUACACAGAGUACAUUAUCCAGACGUCACCAGGCAUACCGUCUCGCAAGGAGUGACCAGUGAAGACUACCCCUACGGACUCAAAUUCCUAGGCCACAAUAACUACGCACCAUUCGCUGUCAACCCUAACGUUCAAACUGAUUUGACGUCGAACCUACAUUAUGUUAAUCUGUAUAAGCCACCCCCACCGUAUCCGUCCGGUUUAGCGUCAAAUUCGACUCCAGAUUUAGCGGUGGCCAGUCAAGCGUUGAAUUACCAUAGAGGUUAUAUUAACUCUCAUGUGUCCGGGUCAAGUCCGGAUCUUGUUUCGACGCGGACUGCGCUAAAUCGACAGUACCUAGGGUAUAUUAACACUGGUAAUGUAAACGUUAAUCUCAUGAAUUACGGACGGCCUGUCAUGCCUUCAACACAUGGGACGUACAACAACCUAGCGUCAGUAUUAGACACGAACCCACACAUCAUAAUGGAUCCUCAUCAUAUUUCGGAUAAUAUACAGAAGGUUUACGACGAACGGGGGAAUAUAGUGAACUCUAUGCCGAUGCACAGAGCGCCUUAUCAACGGCAUGUGGUGAUGCCGCAAACACAGGCGUUGCCCAAACACAGUGACACUCAGGAACCAAUCUACGAAAAUGUGCCUUUACCGUGGCAGAAUGAACACAGAACAACAAUGAGGGAUCGAGCGCAGAGUCUCACGACCACAGACGAAAUAACGAGGCUAAACGAAAGAAACAGCAGUCAUCCGUCGAUAAAUAACUACGGGAACGUAUCAAAGACGAAUAUGAACGUGCCAAACUACAGAGUACCACCGAUCAAAAUCGAUUCGCCUGACAACCACUAUGUGAACGCACAAAUCAUAAAGGGGGUACGAGAAUCGAGCGUGCCAAAAGACUUGACGACGUCGAAUAGAUCGAUCAACAAAGACACCGAGUUCGAGAAUAUUAAACUAUCAGUCGAGCGACUAUCACUGAAAGACGACAAAGAAUACGACGAGACGCCAUACCAAAGCUUAUCCACGCACAAAGUAAACAACCACGACAACAACAUCACGACAAUCACAGUCACCGACACGAGAAACCAAACGAUCAACUCCGAUUACAAUUCAAACAUUUCGCAGAGCAGCGGAGUGGAGAGUGCUCUAACGAAUUCUACGUUGAAUUCGACGUACAGCACUACAUUAGACCUAGAAUCUAGUAAUACUACUAAGAGUAGUGUGAGUAGUAAAGAGAAGAAGCGGCGCCGAUGGGGAGUGUUUAUGGGGCGAGCGAGCAAGACGGUAGAUGUGAAGAGUGCCACGUUGGGGCGAGACAGAGCGAAGACGCCGGUGCAACCAGCCAAUAAGCAUCGCUGGUCUACUGGCCUGCCCAAGUUCCAGCCGCUGCCGCCGAGUAUUACCAAAGAAACCAUGUGCCAACUUUUAGAACGAAAGAUGACCGACAACCAGCUAGCGUUCGCCUUUGAACAAAUCCCCAAAGGGAGAGAAACUGGCGCGGAUAUGACGAUAGCCCUAUUACCUGAAAACGCACCACUGAACGGAUUCAGUAAUGACAACCUCCCGUAUGAUGAUAAUCGGGUGAAACUGACCCCCACCGCUGCCAAUAAACAUGGAUAUAUUAAUGCUUCCAAUAUUACUAUGACAGUGGGCAGCAACCAGCGCUUCUACAUAGUGGUCAAAUACACGGCGAUGUGUCGCGACAGUCUGUGGCGCGCCGUGUGGCAGAGCGGCGCGCGCGUCGUGGCCUGGCUCGUGCCCAGCAGCCAGCCAAUCAGCGGCGGGGACGAGGAUAGGUCGCUCAGUAUGUUCUACAUAGUGGUCAAAUACACGGCCAUGUGUCGCGACAGCCUGUGGCGCGCCGUGUGGCAGAGCGGCGCGCGCGUCGUGGCCUGGCUCGUGCCCAGCAGCCAGCCAAUCAGCGGCGGGGACGAGUCUUCGGUACUUCGCAACCAGGAUAUAUCAAACAGUAUGUUCUACAUAGUAGUGAAAUACACGGCGAUGUGUCGCGACAGUCUGUGGCGCGCCGUGUGGCAGAGCGGCGCGCGCGUCGUGGCCUGGCUCGUGCCCAGCAGCCAGCCAAUCAGCGGCGGGGACGAGUUCCAGAUAACCACAGAAAGCGAAGCGCUCACCUCUUGGGGCGGAUCGCGACGCGUACGCGUAAAGCAGCGAGGCAACCCGCCGCGCGAGCUGUGGCUCGUCUCUUACACGCAACACUCGCCUCUCGACGUGCCACAGAGCACAGAGCUGUGGCUCGUGUCCUACACGCAAAACUCGCCGCUCGACGUGCCGCAGAGCACCGCGCACUUCUUGUCGUUCCUGACAGAGCUAAGCAUGCUACUGGCCUCGGGGCAGGAGUGGACCGCCAGCGCGGCCGGCUGCUCGGCGCCGCUGCUGCUGUGCUGCCCGCGGGGCGCCGGCCGCUGCGGCGUGGCCUUAGCAGCGGAUCUGCUGCUACACACGCAUCUUCAUAACCAGGAGCUGGACAUCCCGCGCACGAUAUCCCUGCUGCACCAGCAGCGUGCCAACCUCAUACAGAACGUGGCGCAAUACAAGUUUCUACACCAGGUACUGCUGGAGUACCUCAAGCAGUCGCGGCUGAUUUGAUCACUUUACUGUUUCCACACAAUCGGAUUGAGGGUUUUUUGUCAUCGUUCUAUUAGUGAGCUUUUCACUCCUAGAACUGAGUAAAAUGCGAGAUUUAUGAGAGAUCCACUCAAUAAACAUUGAAAUCUGAAUGACUACCUAAAUAAAAUGAGAUAUGUAAACUUGUAAAGGAACCGACAGGCAAUAUCUUGAAGUGCUACCAUUGUUUUGAUAAUGUAUUGACUAUUCAAAUGAGAUUCUGUUACCCAAUGCAAAUUCUAAAUAAUAUAUUUUUAAAGCAUGGAUGAUUUUCAUAUCUAGACUCCCAAACUGCAACUUUUUGUAUCAUAAAACUUGUACAGUAGGUAGGUACUGAAUAACAUUGAACGCCUAUAUAAAACAUAAUAUGCAUUGAGUAUUGUUCUUUCUAAUAAAGUAUUAAAACUUAUACAUUUUAAAUUAUACAAAAAAUACUGUAGAUUUCGAUAUUUCUGUGUGCCUUAUAUUGUGUAUAUGAAUGAAAUUCACGCAAGGAUUAACUUGUUACUUAGAUACUUACUAAAUUAUAUUUAACAAAAAAAGCUUUAUGCAUAAGCCUCAAAACUGGAAAUAUAUAAGUACCUACGUAUGAUGAAAUGAGUCAGAGCUGAACUUAAAAUUGUACCUAUAUGUAUCAUUAAUCACUAGUUUUAAGAAAUGAAAUCAUGUGCCUUAAUUCGGAGAUUAUAUUACGAUCUGAUAAAUAUUUUAUCACUAAUAUGUGCCUGUUUAACUAAGUAUUAUUUGUAUUUGUAAGUAAUUUAUAUCGAUAAAAUUUAUUUAUAGUUCGUGUUUGCUCAGUGAUAUUACAAACAAGUUUUUUUAUUGAAUUUAGGUUUUUUUCGCUCAUUAAUUUUGUAAAAUCUGAAAACUAUGUAUUAUUAAGUUUUAAAAGCGCCGUUUCUGAAAGAUAUCAUUACUUAUGGGGGACAUACACACUAAAAGGAAUCGUUCGAAUAUUGUGUAUGUUAUAUAGAAAACGUAUCUUAUCUAUUUAUCUGUUGUAUCGAUACCGUUCAAACUGUGCAGUCUGAUCCUAAUGAUUUCUCGUAGCGUGUAUGUCCACCAUUUAAUAUUGUUUUAUUAUUCAUCUUCCUUGCUGUUUCUUCUGAAUAUUUCAAGCAUUAGGUUUAUUACAGUGUUUCUAUCUUCCGGUGCAGCUCAAUGUGUUCAAUCUUAAUUUUAAGUCUAGUCUGAUGGCAACUUUUAUAAGGUAUUUCAUAUGAUAUUACAGUUAUAAGUGAAUUAUUCAAAAUGUUUUUGCAGUUGAUUUUUUUAUAGCACAAAUUUAUGUUGGCACUAAAGUUAUUGUGUGAUUUUUACUGUUUUAAUUAUUGCUAGUCUAUAUAAAAAGUAUCAAGAAUAGUAUUGUUAACAUUUUUUCCAACAAGACAAAAUAAAAAAGAAUGACUUUUAAUUUGAUCUAAAAUGAAAUUAAAAAUAAGCAGACCUUUUUUGUAAUAUAAAAAGCA